ACAAGGGGGAGGGGGUUGUUCAGGGAUGCUGAGAGGCCUGAGGCCAAUGCUCAGAAGGUGGACAGACAGUAAGACCCCCAAGGCAUAACAUAAUAUUCCAAAAAGCAAAGGAGAGAUCUGCUGUUUAGGAUAAAUACAGUCGCCAACUGAUUAGCUGUGCUAUAAGGUGAGAUGUGAUCAAUGUUCAAAUGGGAGACUGGAACUUGCUAGGGAAACUACUUGAGAAAGCACAGGAACAUUCCACUGUUGUGGGCAAAGUCUGGUUAACAGUACUGUUCAUCUUCCGGAUCCUUGUCUUAGGAACAGCAGCAGAGAAAGUUUGGGGGGAUGAGCUGUCUGGCUUCACCUGCGAUACCAAACAACCUGGCUGUCAGAAUGUUUGUUACGACAGAACAUUUCCAAUUUCACACAUUCGCUUUUGGGUGCUUCAAAUUAUCUUUGUAUCAACCCCAACCCUCAUUUAUCUGGGACAUAUCUUGCACCUUGUGCGCUUAGAAGAAAAGCAGAAACAAAAGGAAAAAUUACGUCAAAGCAAAGGAGAUCCUCGGGGAGAUAAACAGUUGCUGCUGGAAUCGGCAAAACCAUCAAUCAAAGAUGACAUGGGCAAAGUGCGGCUGCGAGGCGCACUCCUGCGCACAUACGUAUUCAAUGUUCUCUUCAAGACAUUGUUUGAGGUAGGAUUUAUUGUGGCACAAUAUUUUCUCUAUGGAUUUCAGCUGCAGCCACUCUACACUUGUAGCCGCUGGCCAUGCCCUAACACCGUUAAUUGUUACAUCUCACGUCCCACAGAAAAGACAAUAUUUAUUUUGUUCAUGUUGGUUGUUGCAUGUUUGUCGCUGCUACUCAACCUGAUUGAGAUUUAUUAUUUGGGAUUUACCAAGUGCAGGCAAGGCCUUGCAGGCUCUCACUGUGAGUCGGGGCCUAAAUUACCAUCAAAGACUGGAAGCGUAACUCAUACCCACAUCAUACCACAUUAUCCCCACUACUCACCUUCAGAGAAAGGUUCAAGCUUUAGACCCUCUCUCCCAUUCCCCCUCUCCUCCAGUAAGAGCACCCCCUCUGCCUUAGAAAGCAGCCAGACUGCCACAAAACAAAAUCGAGAUAACCAAGCUGUGGAGCGCAAUUGUAUUCCGGAGCUGAACGUAGCAUCAGAGAGCGGAAGUGAUAUGGACAACACUGAGCAUCAGAGGAUACAAAGCAGACAAAGCAGGCAGAGUAGCACGCGGUCACGGCCUGGAGUGCUUGCAGUGUGACGGGGAGUAAGUGCCACAAACAAUCCAGAUCUCAGCAUGUGUCACUGAUUCAACUGGAUGCCAAAUUAAAGUAUCAAUAACUGUAAUGGCAUUUAAAUAUUUAUGAAAUUCCCUCAAAAUAAAAAAAAGUUUGGUUGAAAUGUGACACAGUCACAACCAUUGUUGUUCUAAAAUAUACAUUACAGUAUGUGUAUAUACAGUAAUUGGUGACAGGCAAAAGGGAAUACUACUAAACUGAUGUAGGAGGUAAGCAAACUACAAGUAAUCAGUCCAUUCAAGAACUGUAAAAAAUAC